CCACUCCAGCCCUGUGAAUCUGUCAAUCGGUUUCUCAGAAUGGAAGCUGCAAAACAGAAAAUGAAGACUGUUUGUUUUACACUGAAAAUCUUCAGUCACUGACCCUGUCCUUACUGUGCGCUUAAAAACAAAGUGUACUUAGCUUUACCAUGAAGAGGAGGCCACACCCAGAGAGGGAAGCUCUGUGUUGGCUAGGUGACAUAGUUCCGCCACAAGGAAGAGGCUGGUAGGUAGAGGUGAGGCGGGAAUCGGUGGUGUCUUAUUACAGGGAAGUUCUUCUGCUUAUUGCUGUUGGGUGAAGGCUAGCUGCUGUCAUAGGUCUGCAAGAUAUUUACAGAAGCUUUGGAAGGAUGCCUGAGGGAGACAUGCAUAAAGGACAGGCUUGAGUCCCCCAGGAGUAACAGGACAAAAAGACAAGUGGAGGAAGAAAGGAAAAUUGAUGUGAUUUGGAGAGCUGAGAGCUGAGCCAAGUCUUUUGUCGGAUUGCAUUAGAAAGGGAUUUGUCGGCUUGACUUCAUCUUUUGGAGGGCCCACGGGUGAGAAGGAGCCACAAUGGCGGUUGAGGUAGUGUCUGCUGAGAGUGCCACUCCACUCAACCCUGAGAAUACACAAGGACCUCAGCCUGGAAAGCGCAGAAAGGCGAUGACAGCUCCGAGGUCCCAGGCACAGAAGGCAGUUGCAUGGAGGAAAGCCGUCAUUACUGUGUUGUUGGUGCUGGUCAUACUGGCCCUGCUAGCAGUAACCAUAUAUUUUGUCAAACAGCUGAUAGACAGCAAGUAUUUCUUCUGUACAAAGUCGGUGAAGUUCAUCCCUCUGGCACUGACUUGCAACGGGCAGGCAGACUGCAUUGAUGCUGAAGAUGAACAGCAAUGUGUGACUAACCAGACUGUUCGCACCCUCUUCCCUGUCCGCCUGGUGUCAAACAAUAGUGUGCUGCAGGUGCAGGUCGCUGGGAUAGGCUGGACGACAGUGUGUGCCGACGACUGGACUGCUGCGCACUCCCUAUUAGCCUGCAAGAAGUUGGGUUACACAACCAAUCCAAGCAGCACCAAUGUACCCGUCCAAGACUUGCCGUCCUAUUUAAUUUCCACUUUCAGUGCGGUCACAUCCAGCAGUGCCCCGUCUGCCAAUCUAACAGCCGUUAAGCGCCAGACUUGUUCCACCAAUGCCGUGGUUUCGCUGUCCUGCUCGGACUGCGGCGACCAGUCAGUGAAGGACCGCAUUGUGGGUGGUGUUGACGCUGUCAUCGACGAAUGGCCCUGGCAAGUCAGCCUGCAGUACAACGGACAGCACACCUGCGGGGGCUCCCUGGUGUCCGAGAGCUGGGUCGUAACGGCUGCGCACUGUUUCUCUAGUGACAGACUGCUGACGCGAUGGCGGGUUGUGUCAGGCCAAACGUCCGUGGUGUCUUUGGGAGGCUCCUACGUGGACAAGAUUAUUGUCAACGGGCAGUACAACCCCAUCUCUAACGACUAUGAUAUUACCCUGAUGCACCUCACUAACCCCAUCACUGUGGGAGUUUCCAAGCGCCCUAUCUGCCUGCCCCCCUAUAACUUGAACCUGCAGAACGGAGCCCCCCUGGUAGUGACAGGCUGGGGGUAUACGAAAGAAGACGGUCAGGUGUCCAAUACUCUUCAGAAGGCCGAUAUUACUCUCAUAGACAGUAACACCUGUUCCUCGACCGUGGUCUAUAGCACAAUGAUCACUCCCAGAAUGCUCUGCGCAGGAUUCCUUACAGGGAACGUAGACGCGUGUCAGGGUGAUAGUGGAGGUCCUUUGGCAUACGAGACAGAAUAUUGGCAGCUGGCAGGUGUGGUAAGCUGGGGUGUGGGCUGUGCUCGUCCAGACCGCCCCGGAGUCUACUCCAACGUCACCUCCAUGCUCAACUGGAUCUACACGACCAUGGAGAAAAACUCAUAAGGACCGAAAGUACUUGAAUUUGAUUAUUGCACUCAGGAGUCAAUCUGGGAAAAUGCUGUCUACUGGAUUCAACUUUUGUUGCCAAAACAGUCCUGCUGUGUCGCAAGUGGGCAGAAACAUGUCCAGUCUUCUGUGUGUGUUUGUCGCUUAAGAAGCUGCCACCUUCAGGGUUUAUUUUAGGUUUACGUUAUGGUCAGGGUGAAAUUUAAUGCUCAGGGCAUCAUUGUUUUUGGGUCUUUUUUGUAGUAAUGGAAGGCCCAACACAGGGUUCCUCUGAAAUGAGCACAGUCUGUGGACACCAACCUAAAAUGUUUACACCCGAAGAGUGUGUGUGUGUGUGUGUGUGUGUGUGUGUGUGUGUGUGAUAUAAAAAGAGAACUUUCGUUCCUGAAAGUCACCUUGCACUUGAUUCAUAAGUGAUUUAGCUGAUUUUUUUAAUUGGGGGGGGUCCCCACAGUCUGACACACACGUGAGUGAGUUUUGGUUUUUGUUAUUUAUUUUUAUAAUUAAAUAAUAUUUUUAAUGCUUCAUCCCUUGGAAUUCCUCAGCUUUUUACAUUCCUCCCUAAAUCCUGGGUAUUUACAUCUGCCCUGUGAUGUAAUAGUUGGAAAGGAUUAUUUUUCUUUUAUAGACAUUUUAAUCACUCAGUUUCUGUGCAAGUUGUGUAAACUUGAGAUACAGUAUGUGGUAUGGUUUCUUAUCUUUGUGAAUAUAAUGUGCAAUAAAGUUAUCUUUUGUGAACUUUA